AGAAUGUUGAUUGAUAUGGAGGAGAAAGGAAUUCCCCCAAAUGUUCACAACUUUAACAUUUUGGUCAAUUCAUUUUGCAAGCAAGGAUCCAUAAAAGACGCGGAACUUGCUGUGCAAACAAUGGUACGAAGAGGUAUACAUCCCGAUGUAAUCACUUUUAGUGCACUAAUUGACGGAUACUGUUUACGUGGUGAAGUAGAUGAAGCAAAAAAAGUGUUAGAUUGCAUGGUGGAGAACGAUAUUACACCUAACAUAGUUACCUAUAGCAGCCUGAUAAGUGGAUACUGCAAGAAGAAGAAAAUUGAUGAGGCGAUGAUUCUUUUUCGGGAAUUAAAAGACAAGGGUUUGACUCCAAAUGUUGUUACCUACAGUACUCUAUUACAAGGUUUAUUUGAAUCCAAUUAUCCCGCAGCGGCUAAAAAACUCUUCAGUGAGAUGCAAGCCAAGGGUGUAACUCCAGAUAUAUAUACUUAUGGAAUCUUGUUUCAUGGAAUGUGCCAAAACUCUCAGGUUUCUGAUGCACUAGUUCUCUUUCGUAUGCCCAAAAAUACUGAAUUGAUGAAACAUGCAGGGUUGUAUACUAUUUUAAUCGAUGGGUAUGGCAAAUCUGGGAAGCCUGACAUGGCAAUGGACCUGUUUGAUGAACUUCUGAUAAAAGGAGUUAAGCCGGAUAUAAAGACGUACACGGUGAUGUUACGUGUGCUUUGCCAAGAAGGGUUAUUCGAUAAAACUAAAGAAAUGUUUUCUAAGAUGAAACAGAAUGGGUGUUUUCCGAAUGCUGUUGCAUACAAUGUUAUUAUUCAAGAGUUGCUGAGGAAAAAUGAGUGUGGACGGGCUGAGAUAUAUCUGGAGGAAAUGUUCAACCGGGGUUUCUUGCCUGAUAGUACCACUUUUGAGAUGUUGCUUCACCUAAUACUAAAUGUAAGACAAGAUUCCCGUAUGCGAACUCUCAUUCAGAAGCUUGUAAGUAUAGAGGAAAAGACGCUAAUUGAGUAUAUACACAAACAAGAAAAAAAAAACAACGUUCUAAUUUAUUACCUUAUAGUACUACUAUCUUUGCAAUUGAACAAAAAAUUUCUUAAAAUCUUCACAAGUGAACAAAUUUCUCACUCAUGUUCAAAAAUCAAAAUGAUACAUGCAAGAACUUCCAAUGUAUUGUUCGUGAGACAUUACACUGCUACUGGUCCCCUUAAAUUCACCAAGCUCCAUGAUGCCCUCCAAAUGUUUGAUGAAAUGCUUCUUAGACAACCUCGACCUUCUAUCGUCGAAUUUAAUAAGCUAGCUACCGCUGUUGUUAAGAUGAAACAUUAUUCCACUGCUCUUUCCCUCUUUAGACAAAUACAUUUGAUGGGUAUUGCUUCUAAUAUGUAUACAAUCAACAUUUCUAUGAACUGCUAUUGUCGUCUAAAUAAAGUUGGUUUUGGUUUUGCCUUGUUAGCCACCAUCUUCAAACAAGGUCAUUCCGCUAAUUUAUCGACUUAUACCACCCUCAUUAAUGGGCUUGUUCUAAGUGAUCGGGUUUUUGAAGCCGUGGAGUUAUUCAAGAAACUGCUUCGAGACAAAACAUGUGAGCCAGAUCAGUAUAUGUAUGGAACCGUUAUUAAUGGGCUCUGUAAAGUAGGUUGCACUAAAAGGGCCCUCGAAGUGCUCAGAAUUAUGGAGAAAGGUUCCUGCAAACCAAUGGUACACCACUACAAUCCAAUAAUCGAUAGCCUAUGCAAAGACAACAUGGUUGAUGAUGCACUACAACUUUUCACCAAUAUGACUGAGAAAGGCGUUUCAGCUGAUGUCAUCACUUACAGCUCUUUGAUUCAUGGUCUAUGCAACUUUGGUCGGGAGAGUGAGGCUACGAGAAUGUUGAUUGAUAUGGAGGAGAAAGGGAUUCCUCCAAAUGUUCACACCUUUAACAUUUUGGUAAGUUCAUUUUGCAAGCAAGGAUCCGUAAAAGACGCAGAGCUUGCUAUGCAAACAAUGAUACGAAGAGGUCUACAUCCCGAUGUAAUCACUUAUAAUGCACUAGUUGAUGGAUAUUGUUUACGUGGUGAAGUUGACGAAGCAAAACAAGUUCUAGAUCGCAUGGUGGAGAAAGAUAUUGCACCUAACAUAGUUACCUAUAGCAGCCUAAUAAAUGGAUACUGCAAGAAGAAGAAAAUCGAUGAGGCAAUGAUUCUUUUUCGGGAAAUCCAAGACAAGGGUUUGACUCCCAAUGUUGUUACGUACAGUACUCUAUUACAAGGUUUAUUUGAAUCCAAUUAUCCCGCGGCGGCUAAAAAACUCUUCAGUGAGAUGCAAGCCAAGGGUGUGGCUCCAGAUGUAUAUACUUAUGGAAUCUUGUUUCAUGGAAUGUGCAAAAACUCCCAGGUUUCUGAUGCACUAGUUCUUUUUCGUAUGCCCAAAAAUUCUGAAUUGAUGAAACAUGCAGGGUUGUAUACUAUUCUGAUCGAUGGGUGUGGCAAAUCUGGGAAGCCUGACAUGGCAAUGGACCUGUUUGAUGAACUUCUGUUAAAAGGAGUGAAGCCGGAUAUAAAGACAUACACGGUGAUGUUACGCGUGCUUUGCCAAGAAGGUUUCUUCGAUAAAACUAAAGAAAUGCUUUCUAAGAUGGAACAGAAUGGGUGUUUUCCGAAUGCUGUUGCAUACAAUGUUAUCAUUCAAGAGUUCCUGAAGAAAAACGAGUGUGGACAGGCAGAAAUAUAUCUGGAGGAAAUGUUCAACCGAGGUUUCUUGCCUGAUAGUACCACUUUCGAGAUGUUGCUUCACCUAAUUCCAAAUUUAGGACAAGAUUCUCCUAUUCGAACUCUCAUUCAAAAGCUUGUAAGUAUAAAAAGAAAAGAUGCUACUGUAACAUCUGGGCUCAUUUCCGAAACUUAAUAAGGUAUGUAUAGCUCGUUGGGGAUACCUAUUAGAAUAGUCCAUUUUGAUAGUUAAAACACCUCUUUUUCAACUUCAAAACAGAUAUCAGUUGAAGAACUCUAUGACAAACAAUGUAAAAGAGUUAGGUUCUACAACCAAAUGUUGAAAUGCCGCCAUUAAACUGGAAGUUGGGAAACAAACAGUCCAUUUAUAAUGUUAGCUUUAUCUUAUUUUUUAGAGGCUCCCCAGAUGUCAUGUUAGAUUUUUUUGUUUAGUACUUUACAGUCUGCUUGCAAAAGUCAAAGGACUACUUAUUUAUAAGCUAUUAUUACAAGGAUGGAAGAGAAUUGAAGUGAUUAAUGGACGCAGAGAUAUAUAGAAAUGAUCAAUGGAGGUUUUAUGCCUGAUUAUUCCUUCUGACAAGUUACCACCUCCUAAUGAUGAACAUAGGACAAUAUUCCCCUGUAUUAAACAUUAUGUAGAAGCUAAGAAAUGUCGAAAGAGUAGAUUGUAGAAUACCUGUUUAACAUCUUCUAUUAUUCAUUAACUUUUAAGGUAUAUUCA